CGUCCAUGGAUGUCUCUUCGGAUCCGUAUCUGCCCUACGAUGGCGGGGGGGCAGACGGCAUUCCGCUCAGGGAGUUGCACAAACGAGGAACUCAUUAUACAAUGACAAAUGGAGGAAGUAUCAACAGUUCAACACAUUUACUGGAUCUUCUGGAUGAACCAAUUCCUGGAGUAGGAACAUACGAUGACUUCCAUACCAUUGACUGGGUUCGAGAGAAGUGCAAAGACAGAGAAAGGCAUAGACGGAUUAACAGCAAGAAGAAAGAAUCAGCAUGGGAGAUGACAAAAAGUUUGUACGAUGCAUGGUCAGGAUGGCUGGUAGUCACACUAACUGGUUUGGCAUCAGGGGCAUUGGCAGGAUUAAUUGACAUUGCUGCUGACUGGAUGACUGACUUAAAGGAAGGCAUUUGCCUUAGUGCUUUGUGGUUUAACCAUGAACAGUGUUGUUGGGGUUCAAAUGAGACCACGUUUGAAGAGAGGGAUAAAUGUCCACAGUGGAAAACCUGGGCAGAACUAAUAAUUGGGCAAGCAGAAGGUCCAGGUUCGUACAUAAUGAACUACAUAAUGUACAUUUUCUGGGCUUUGAGCUUUGCCUUCUUAGCAGUUUCUCUGGUGAAGGUAUUUGCUCCCUAUGCCUGUGGCUCAGGGAUACCUGAGAUAAAAACUAUUUUGAGUGGCUUCAUCAUCAGAGGUUACUUGGGGAAGUGGACUUUGAUGAUAAAAACAAUUACUUUAGUCUUGGCUGUCGCAUCAGGUUUGAGUUUAGGAAAAGAGGGUCCCUUGGUACAUGUUGCCUGCUGCUGUGGGAAUAUUUUUUCCUACCUUUUUCCAAAGUACAGCACAAAUGAAGCUAAGAAAAGAGAGGUGUUGUCAGCUGCCUCAGCAGCAGGAGUAUCUGUAGCUUUUGGUGCCCCGAUUGGUGGAGUCCUUUUCAGUCUGGAGGAGGUCAGUUACUAUUUCCCACUGAAAACUUUAUGGAGAUCAUUUUUUGCUGCUUUAGUAGCUGCAUUUGUUUUAAGGUCCAUCAAUCCUUUUGGUAAUAGCCGCCUAGUUCUUUUUUAUGUGGAAUAUCACACUCCUUGGUAUCUUUUUGAACUGCUUCCCUUUAUUCUUCUGGGAGUAUUUGGUGGGCUCUGGGGAGCAUUUUUCAUCCGAGCAAACAUUGCAUGGUGUCGUCGACGCAAAUCUACGAAAUUUGGGAAGUAUCCUGUCCUGGAGGUUAUUAUUGUUGCAGCAAUAACAGCUGUCAUUGCAUUUCCUAAUCCGUAUACAAGGCUAAACACCAGUGAGCUUAUUAAAGAGCUCUUCACAGACUGUGGGCCAUUAGAAUCUUCCUCCCUCUGUGACUACAGAAACGAUAUGAAUGCGAGCAAAAUAGUAGAUGAUAUUCCUGACCGUCCAGCAGGCACUGGAGUCUAUUCAGCUAUAUGGCAGUUGUGUUUAGCACUCAUAUUUAAAAUAAUCAUGACAGUCUUCACCUUUGGUAUCAAGGUUCCAUCUGGGUUGUUCAUACCUAGUAUGGCAAUUGGAGCAAUAGCAGGAAGGAUUGUAGGAAUUGCAGUGGAGCAGCUGGCUUACUACCAUCAUGACUGGUUCAUUUUCAAGGAGUGGUGUGAAGUUGGAGCUGACUGUAUUACACCUGGUCUUUAUGCCAUGGUUGGUGCUGCUGCGUGCUUAGGUGGUGUGACAAGGAUGACUGUGUCCCUGGUAGUUAUUGUCUUUGAGCUAACAGGAGGGCUGGAAUAUAUUGUGCCCCUAAUGGCUGCAGUCAUGACCAGUAAGUGGGUAGGAGAUGCCUUUGGUAGGGAAGGCAUCUAUGAAGCACACAUCCGACUGAAUGGAUAUCCUUUCCUGGACGCAAAGGAAGAAUUUACUCACACAACACUGGCUGCUGAUGUUAUGAGACCUCGAAGAAGCGAUCCACCUUUAGCAGUUCUGACACAGGAUAAUAUGACAGUUGAAGACAUAGAAAACUUGAUCAAUGAAACCAGCUAUAAUGGUUUUCCUGUUAUUAUGUCAAAAGAAUCGCAGAGACUAGUGGGCUUUGCUCUAAGAAGAGAUUUAACUAUUGCAAUAGAAAGUGCUAGAAAAAAGCAGGAAGGGAUUGUUGGCAGUUCCAGGGUCUGUUUUGCCCAGCAUACCCCAUCACUUCCAGCAGAAAGCCCUCGACCAUUGAAGCUUAGAAGCAUACUUGAUAUGAGCCCUUUCACCGUGACAGACCACACACCAAUGGAAAUAGUGGUGGAUAUUUUCCGAAAGCUGGGUCUGAGGCAGUGCCUUGUAACACACAACGGGAUUGUCUUGGGGAUCAUCACAAAGAAGAACAUAUUAGAGCAUCUCGAGCAACUAAAGCAGCACGUCGAACCCUUGGCGCCUCCUUGGCAUUAUAACAAAAAAAGAUAUCCUCCGUCAUAUGGCCCAGACGGCAAACCAAGACCCCGCUUCAAUAAUGUUCAACUGAAACCCAUAGCUGAGGAGAGAGAGGAAACGGAAGAGGAGGUUCAUUUGUUGAAUAGCACAACACUUUAGUCUGGGGAGUACUUCUAAAAUCAGAGACGAGAGCUGGGUUUUUUGCGUAACAGUGCUGCUGGAAAUGAGGAGUUGGUCUGGGGGAGCACGUGGCGAGGAGGAAGGUUGAUGGGAGCAUGGGAAGGGAGAGCUGCUGUCCUGCACUGGAUGCGUCCCGAGACGUCAGGUCUGCCAUGAUAGUGCAGUGGGUGAGCCGUGCGAGGCAACGCAAUUCUCCAGCCCCAGCCUGGUACUUCAGCAUUGAAGAGAUGUGUUAUUAGUCCCUGUUUCUGGAGGGAUCAUUCUGAAUUGAGCCAUCUUACGGAGACUGAAAGGUCUUGCCCUUUUUACCAUUGAAAACUGUUGUGUUAGCUCAUGAAACAUCACCUUUCUACAUUCCAGAAGAGCUUUAUUUCUCUCUCUCCUGAGCCGUAACAAAGCCUCUUUAAAAUUGGUGGGCCCUGUUGAAGCAGUUUUUUCUCAUAUUGAGAUGUACUGUGAGUUGCUGAGGUUUGAUCGCAAGAAGGGAGGUUUUUCUUGUGCCAUUAAAUGUGUAAGUUUGUACGUCAUGAAAUGCUUGGGGCAAUACAGAGCCACUGCGACAAAAACAGAUUGAACAGGUAAUACCGUGCAAGAACCAUGUGAGACUUCUUUCAGCCCAUGUGCUGUUGUGAUAUGAGAAAAAUUUAAACCAGGUGAAACUGGUGUUUCAAAGAAAAAUGCUGUUUUUGCUGCAGAAAAUAUGAAUAAUGUGACCUGGUCUUAUGCAAUUUUUGUAUUAUUGAAAACACUAUGAUAUAUACCAAUGUUGUGCAGUAUAAGGAAAAAUACUGCUAUUCUACUAGUUAAGAGCUGGAACAAUUCUGUAUAUGUGUAUCUGGUAAAAACUGCAUGCUACAACACUGGAGAUCUUUUUCCCCCCUGUAAAAUUUGAGAACAGUAAUUUUUAUUUUUUCUUCUCCACAAACGACGUUCCACUGCUGACAUGGUAGGAAGAAACGUAACUCAUAACUUGCACUAAAUGUAUAUUAAUUUUCUUGGAGUUUUACCAUUCUUUAUUUAUAUUUGUAUGGAUUAAAGAAUUAUGAAAAAAGAAUCAGUUAAUAUCUCACAUAACUAAUUAAUUACCUUUUUAAUGUGAUUUUAUAGAAUAAUUCAUGAUCCUCUGCAAUUAAUGGAGGAUUAGCAAAUGUUUACAACUAGAUGAAGGGUUUAAACAAAAUGGUUUCUUUAUGAUCCAACAUACAUAUAAGAUCAUUUUCAAAUAUAACUUUCACUGCCGUUACCUUGAGAUUUCCUUUGUCCUUUACUAGCAGAUAACUGGAACAGUAAUAUUAAAAUUUUAUUUUAAAAAACUGCAGGGUUUAAAAAAUAAUAGGAAGAAAGCAACUAUAAUUAUUAGAUUGCUUUUGACUCUCUAUUUUUUUUUCCAAAGUAUACAGAGGUGUAAAUGAUAGGUAGCCACAGAAGAUGAGCAGCAGGGCAGAACUGAAUCCAGUACUUGAAACUUUGGCAGGGUUUAAAAUUCAGCAGCAGCACACAUGCUAGCAGGUGGACGGACAGAUCCCCAAC